CUUUGUGCAUGCAGGGCGUAUUCAGCUUAUAUUCCAACAUGACAUGUUGUCGCAAACAGUCCCUAGCUAGGGUGCAUGGCGUUCCACAGUGCUAUCGAUUAUCUGGCACUGUCAGUACAAUCACACGAAUUGUAUAUAAUCAUUCGGCUUUUCUUUGUGCGCCUUCUCUUGAACAUUUACGCCAUUACCUUACGUACAAAAUACACUUGAUUCUACAUUUUGCCUUUGCGUGCUAACUGAGUAGUACGAUACAAAUCCAGGAGCAGCAAUCAACACAAGACACUCCGAGUCUUGCAUAUCCUCUUCAUCCUUGAGCUUGGCGGGCCACUUUCGCUGAUUAGACUGAUCAUCACAUUGUCUAUUUCUUUAGCACAGAUUCUUCCGUUAAUCCUCGUUGGUAAUCUCGAAUAUGGAAAUACACGUGCAGCUCACCACUCAACCCAUCCUCCAUCCUCAUUAUUUUUGCUCCAUCGCACCAUCAUGCCUGGCAGCUCAGACAGUCAAUAUAUUAGACUCGAAGUUAUCAACGGAAAAAAUCUUCGAGUCCCUUCCGGGCGCAUUCCCACUGGCAUUUACGUGUCCAUCAAUGUUGACUCGAGGAGACGCUGGAAAUCGGUCAUCAGUGUUUUAUCAUCUGAUGAAUCUGCAGCGUGGGGGGAUACUGUAACUUUAUCGUCACAGGCGUCACCUGCAUUAUCAGUGGAAAUCAGGGCGUCUUAUGAGGCCGAUCGAAUGCUAGGCAGUGGAGAGAUAAUCGGGGAACUUCAAAUGUCGUGGGAUGAGCUACUCGAUCAUGGAGAUAAGCCAUUCGAUCCAUCCUUCCCACCCGUGCGCGGUGUCCACCCUUCCCUCACGCUGAAGGUUGCCGUUGUACAUGCUUGCGAUAAUCAAACCGACGCACUGUCUGAUACUGGAAAAUUGCUCGAGACACAGAUGCGGGCCACGCAGCAAUUUGCCAAAUACGUGACAAGCGAGAAUGUCUCUCACUUGAAUGCUGCUGUAGAGCAUUUUCAAUUGGUCCUGGACCAGUGUCCGGUCAGCCAUCCGGACCACGCAGCGGCUCUCGCCAACCUUGCAUAUCCGUGCCUUCAAGGAUAUAUUCGCAAGGAUAUUCAAGACAUUGAUACCACGACUUCUCUAUUCCGCGACGCCCUUGUUUUGCGUCCACAGCGCCAUCCCGAUCAUCCCUUAACUCUAUAUUAUCUCACCGAGGCCCUGACUUGGCGUCACAACAAGAAAAGUACUGCCGCCGACAUCCGCGAAGCCGCCCAACUCUAUCGUGGGCUACUACCUCUCUGUCCAGAGGGUACCUACCUUCGUAGCAUCGCGACAGGGCCAAAUGGUGUCGACUAUGUCAUUGGCGUAUGCAACAAUCUUCCAAUAGACACAUCUGAUGAAGGCAUCCACCUUCGAAGAGUCGUCUUCGAGCUCUGUCCUCUGGGCCAUCAACUCCGUCCCAGUGCCCUUCACUGGCUUGCACAGGCAGUAGAAGUCCGCUUCCAACAGUGUGGCAGCAUUGACGAUAUAUACGAAGCCAUCCAACUUCGUCGAGAAGUCGUUUUCCUGUGCCCCGAGGGACAUGCUGAUCGUGAUAGCUACCUGAACAACUUGGCUUUAUCACUCGAGUCCCGCUUCAUUCACCAAGGCAAACUCAAUGACCUCGAAGAGGCCAUUUCUUUGCACGAAGAAGUACUGCGCCUGCGGCCUGUUGGGCACAAAUAUCGUUAUUUCUCAUUGGGAAACCUAGGGGGCACCCUCAUCAUCCGUUUCAACAAACGCGACGACAUUGAUGACAUUACCCGAGCUAUCAGCCUCUGUCGCGAGGCACUGGCGUUGUGCCCACCUGGGCAUCUACGUCAUGAUACCAUACUUAACAACAACCUUGCCCUCGCGCUCAACACCAGAUAUACCAAAUUGCAUGUCAGCGAGGAUCUUAACGAGGCCAUUGAUCGAAAUCGCGAAUCUCUUCGGUUAAAGCAGCAUGACGAUCCAGAGCGCCAUGUAACUCUUCGCAAUUUGAGCUCGGCGCUCUGCUCUCGUUUCAUACAAACUCAGGAGAAUGAAGAUGUCGAGGAGGCCAUCACUCUUUGCCAAGAAUCAUUGGCAGAUUUGUCUUUACUCCACCCAGACAGACACCACUCCUACUGCAGGCUACGGGAAGCCUAUAUGUCUCGUUACUGCGUGCAGUGCGAGCCUGCCGAUCUGGCACUUGCAGUAGAGAACUUCAGACUCGCAUCAAGACAUCCCACUCAAGGGUUUCCUGAACGCAUCAUGGAGGCUAUUGUCUGGGCUCGCCAUGCAGAAGUCUAUCAACAUGAAUCUGCCCUCGAAGCGUACAUGACAUUUUUCGAGCUUCUUGAUGGUCAUUUGGCCACACGAUCAUCCACCAUUCCACGGCGCGAAGCUGCCGCUGCCUUCCAUUGUGCCAGAUCACUACCUGUAGAUGCAGCAUCAUGCGCCACACGCCGUAACAAUCUACGACACGCAGUAGAACUCGUGGAACAGGGCCGUGGCCAGCAAUGGUCGCUGGCCUCUCGACUCAAGACUCCAGUUGAAGACCUCGAGUCAGCAAAUCCGACACUGGCGCACAAAUAUCUGGAGCUGAGCAAGCACGUUUCUAAUGCUGCCCAUAGUUCUGCAACAAUUACCGACGGAGCUGCUGCUGAUCGGGCAGCAACAGAGUACAGGAGACUUACAAGGCAAUGGGAAGCUGCGGUAGCUGAGAUACGUGAUCUUCGCGCGUUCUCGCGGUUCUUGCUCCCACUUUCAUACCAAGACCUGCAAGCGGCAGCGCGCCAGGGCCCGGUCAUCAUCCUCAUUGCGAGUCAAUACUCUUGCAGCGCCAUCAUUGUCCCGACAUCAGGAGACCCCCAUCACGUUCCCUUGCCAUCUGUUGCUCUCGGAGAGCUGACAAAUCUGAAGGAUCGCUUCACCAGGGCAAUACGACACGCAUCUACCAUGGGCCCCAAAGUGCCGCGGAACGAUCUAAUAGUCCUCUUGCGGACAGUAUGGGACGAGAUCAUGCUACCCAUCGUCAAUGUCCUCCAGCAGGAUCUGAAACUACAAUCCCACUCUCGAAUCUGGCUGUGUCCAACUGCAGCUUUCACAUCCAUUCCUCUCCACGCAGCUCACCCAUUUCGAACGAACCCAGAUCGCUCUAAGGAGCCAUGCCUGGAGGAUCUCUACAUCUGUUCUUACACACCGACACUUUCGGCUCUGGUCAGAUCUAGACAGUUGAUGAAGAAGCCUGUCACUCCGUCCUUCGUGACAAUUGGACAGGGUCAACCGGGUACAGGGAAAGGUAAGGCACUAUUGGCUGUCGACAGCGAGCUCGAGCUCGUCCAUAAGCUUGUCCCUGCGACGGCCAAUCGUACCACUAUUUCUGGUGACGCAGCCACUCGAGCAAAUGCACUCGAAGCUUUGCAGCAGAACACCUGGGUGCACCUUGCUUGUCAUGGCAAGCAGGACCGUACGCAGCCUUACAAUUCGCAUUUUGUCAUGAAAGAUGAACAUCUGACGCUGCUCGAUAUCAUGGACAAAGACAUUCCUCACGCCGAAUUCGCGUUCUUAUCCGCUUGUCACACCGCUGUCGGCGAUGAGGAGACGCCCGACGAAGUGAUUCACCUCGCAGCUGGUCUGCAGUUUUCAGGGUUCAAAAGCGUCGUUGGCACGCUGUGGGAGGUCGACGAUGCUGUCGCAAAACACGUUGUUGAAGCUUUCUACAAAUAUAUGUUCAAAGAUUCGGAGGAUGGUGUCAUGGACUGUACGAAGGCGGCCUGGGCGCUCAACUGUGCUACACACGCCGUGAAGACGAAGGUACCGCUCGAGCAGAGGAUGGUUUUUAUUCAUAUCGGCGUGUAGUUCUAUCUCGCAUGGCUUUCAUCAUAGUCUCUAGUACAAGCUGUUGAUAUUUCAUCCCGUUGGUGUACCUGGCCCGUUCCUUCCUUGAUACUAGCUUUGCAUCCCCUCUCGUGCUGUCUUAGAAGCAUCUUUUUUACCUUCAUUCGUUGUUCAAGUAUUUGAAUUCAGCUCUUCACACAGU